AAUAUUGCGGGUUUUGGUUAAGUUCAAUCGACUGGAUCGCACUGUUACAUGAAAUGACAUGGCUGUGAAGUUGGUGAACUUUAAUUCUGUAUCAUUUCGGCUGUUAAAGUCCCCCCUCCUCUCAUCUGUACACCCUCCUCCGCUGCCCACUCUAAACACACCUCCCUCUCCUCCAGUCCUCCUCCUCUUAAGGCUACUUCGCCAGAUGGUGCAGCCUUUUCUUUUGUUUACCCAUCGCCCCUGAGUUUACCCAACUAACCUUAGCUACGCAACUAUGGAAACUUCUCGGGGAGCAUCACCGCCGGACACCGACAAGUAACCUGCCUGGAGAAAAGAUGGUGACACCAGGAUGGGAGGCCUAGCAAGGUGGUGCCAAAGCUGAGGCUUGGGCUCUCACCCACCUGCUGCAUUUUGAACUGUUGCUCAUUUUUCGUAGCAAACUGACACCAGGGCUGCUUGACGAGAAGAUAAGACGUUGGAGGCACGCUGCAUUCUUGCUUGAGUAGAGAUUAGGGACCUACAAUGACAAAUGUAAAUUGAAACUCACUGAAUAAAUGGACAAGAGAAAGUUUCCUGGCACAAUGUCCAGGCAAAUGGACGUGUCAUCCAAAAGGCGCCCCGUCGGUGGCAGUGGUCUGAACUUCCCUCAGUCUCAGCAGGGUCGUAUACGGGCUGUGGAGGUAGCAAGAGGGAGAACAGGGUAUGGCUUUACGCUGUCAGGCCAAAGCCCUUGUGUCCUUAGCUGCAUCCUGAAAGGGAGCCCUGCUGACUAUGUGGGGUUGCGCUCUGGGGACUACAUCCUCUCUGUGAAUGACAUCAACGUCUCCAAGGCGUCACACGAAGAUGUGGUCAAACUGAUCGGACGCUGCUCUGGUGUUUUGAAACUAGUAAUCGCUGAGGGAGAACGUCAGAGGCGACACCACCAACGCUCUGCCGGCGGUCGUCACCAUAGCAGCAACACAAUGGCGGCAUCCUACCUGGACUCAUGCUCCAGUGAUGAUGAGUUGGAUGGUUUCUACGAUAACAGUAUUAACAAUAACAACAACAGCAGGUCAGGCUGUGGAGCCCGUGGAGGCUGGUACAAACCCAAACUGGACACUAAGCAGCUGGGCAUCAACCGGGCAGAGAAGGUGGUGGCAGAGCUGCAGUCUGGAGGAAUUUUUAACAUGAUCUUUGAGAACUCCAGCCACUCCUCCAGCAGCUCAGACAAAGAGAGACCUGGGGUUAGUACAUCCUCAUCAAAGCCACGUCCGCUGUCUGAUCCUGAAUUCCCAGCAUAUCGGAAUUCCUCUCGUUCCCAGAGCAACCCAAACCUCCUCUCUGAAGAGGAGAUGGCCCAAGUUCUGAAUGAUGAUUCGGUCUUCCUAGAAUCAGACUUUCGGCAUCUCCACCUUCACCACCAUGAAGAACAGGAUGUUGAUGAUGGAGAUGGGGGCGACUUGGGCCUAGAGCCCAGUGAGGGUAUCCUCAAUGUGGGAAUGAUUGUUGGCUAUCUGGGCUCCAUUGAGCUUGCUUCCACAGGCACAAAUCUAGAAAGUGACAGUCUGCAGGCCAUCAGAGGGAGCAUGAGGCGCCUCCGGGCUGAGCAAAAGAUUCAUUCAUUGGUCCUCAUGAAGGUUAUGCAUGACAGUGUGCGUCUGUGCAGUGACAGAGGUCAGGUCCUGGCCACCUAUCCUGCAGAAAAACUAGCCUUCAGUGCAUGCUGUCCCGAUGACCGGCGAUUCUUCGGACUGGUAACGAUGCAAGCUACAGAUAACCAUGAUGAUAGGCACUUCAGCAUUGCACGAGAUGACGAGGGGAGUUUAAGGACUUCUUGUCAUGUGUUUAUUGUGGACCCAGAUCUGUGUCACCACCAAGUCCAUCUGGGUGUUGCCAGAAGAUUUGGCUUUGAGUGUACCCCUGACCCAGACACAGGUGGCUGCUUGGAAUUCCCACCCAGCUCUCAGCCUCUCCUCCAGUUUGUUUCUGUCCUUUACCGGGACAUGGGAGACAACAUCGAAGGGGUUCGCGCCCGUGCUUUCCAUGACCCAGACAACGAUGCCCAGCAAAACCACAGCACCAGUAGCAACAGCGAUAGUGGGAUUGGCAACUUUUUACCAGAGGAAAAGAGCAACAGAGUGCUUUUAGUUGACCUUGGAGGUCCUCCAAAUCACAACCACGUCUCUGGGCCGCGCCACUGGGACAGCCCACCGUCAUCGCAGCAGGCUUGGAGUCCCACCCUGGGAGCAGCAGCCUCUCAUCCACCUCCUCCAACGCUGAGAAAUGGCCACUAUCGUAAUGACCCCCACCUGGCUGAUCUUCCUCACCCUCUCCCCUUAUCUCACCCUGAUGUCCCUGUCAGGCACUCACGAGGGGUCAACCCACACCACUACUCAUCAGGGAAGCGGGGAGGAGCUGUUGGGGGAGGAGAAUGGAGAGGGGCUGGAGGAGCAGUAGGGGUGGAACCGCAGAGGUGGCUACCAGUCCAUGUGUUGAGAGACUGGCGUCAGCAGCACCACCACAGCCACCUCCAGGGCCUCAGCAGCGAUCAGGAAUCCUACGCAGAAUCCACUGACGGAUGGUCAUCUGCCAACUGCAGCACCCUGCCCCCACCGAUGAAUAAGAUCCCGGCCGACCGCUAUCGCGCUCCGCUGGCGCCUGGAGACCACCUGCCACCACCUGGAGGGAGCCAGCCUCCACCUCCGUCACAUCCCCACACCCACCGUCUGGCUGUUCAGAAAGAUGAGUGGGCUAAGAAGUUAUUUGGUACAGGAGACAGGGAGCGGACAGGAGCAGAGAGAAGUGAAAAAGAGAAGAAACGAGGAGGGAAUGUCAAAGAGGGAGAGAAAAAGGGCGGUCGUUUCCGAGGUUUGACCAUGGGAUUCCCACCUCUCCAGCAGCGCUCCUCAGCUAGGCGCUCCUUUGGACGCUCCAAACGUCUCAGCUUGGCCCGCUCCCUGGAUGAUCUUGAGUCUGCUGCAGUCUCUGAUGGAGAGCUGAACAGCGUGGAGCUGCAGGGCUGCAGCAGUGACAACAGCCUCAACAGUAAUGCCAGCCUGCCUAGUGUCCAGAGCCACCGGCGCCACACUGAGAGGAGAGUGGCCAGCUGGGCCGUGUGCUUUGAGAGACUGCUGCAGGACCCCGUGGGGGUCCGCUACUUCUCGGAGUUCCUAAAGAAAGAGUUCAGUGAGGAGAAUAUCCUGUUCUGGCAAGCGUGCGAAUUCUUCAGCCAUGUCCCUGAGAACGACAACAAACAGCUCUCUCAGCGAGCCAGAGAGAUCUACAACACCUUCCUGUCCAGUAAAGCUACAACACCAGUUAACAUUGACAGUCAAGCUCAGCUUGCUGAUGACAUCCUCAAUGCCCCAAAACCCGACAUGUUCAAGGAGCAGCAACUACAGAUUUUCAACCUGAUGAAGUUUGACAGUUACACAAGGUUUCUCAAGUCUCUGCUGUACCAGGAGUGUAUGCUGGCAGAGGUUGAGGGCAGACCAUUGCCUGAUCCUUACCACAUCCCAAGCAGCCCCACCUCCAAACACAGCACCACUGGCUCUGACCGCUCCAACCUCUCUACACCCAAGAAGGAGGAUAAAAAGAGCAAAUCGGGUCGAUCUGUAAAUGAGGACAGAGGAGAUGAUUCGGGAGAUCGGAAGAAAGGGAUGUUUUUCUCUUGGUCCCGAAACAGGAGUUUUGGCAAAGGGCCCAAGAAACGAGAGCUGACAGACUUUAACUACAACUUUGCUGGCAGCAAUGGCCGCCGUGAGUCUCAGGGUUCGCUGUCUUCAGGAGCCAGCCUGGAGCUUGGGACGUCAGGGUUGGGAAGGAAUGAGGGUGAUGUUUCUCGUAGUGCAUUAUCAGUGUCAGCAGAGCGAGGAGGAGGCGGCGCCCCCUUCAGGCAGUGUAAUAUAACUUUGCCAGAUGGCUCGUGUUGCUCUGUGCCACUGAAGGCAGGCGUGUCCAUCAGAGAUCUGCUGUUGGGCAUCUGUGAGAAGCUCUGCAUCAACCUGGCAGCUAUAGACCUCUUCCUGGUUGGAGGGGAGAAGCCACUUGUUUUGGACCAAGACUGUAUGACUCUGUGCUCUCGGGACCUCAGACUAGAAAAGCGCACCCUGUUCAGACUGGACUUGGUUCCCAUCAACCGAUCAGUGGGUCUGAAAGCGAAGCCUACGAAGCCGGUGACUGAAGUCCUGAGACCUGUUGUGGCCAAAUAUGGCCUGCACCUUUCUGACUUGGUGGCACGCAUUAGUGGAGAGUCUGAGCCUUUAGAUUUAGGUCUUCCUAUUUCCAACCUGGACGGCCUUCGAGUGGUAUUAGAUGUAGCAGAACAUUCUCCUGGAAAAGCAGACAAACAGAAAGUAGCUCCCUCUAAGAGUCACCUCCCGGCCUCUACAAGCAGAAACCAAUCAACAACAGGGGAGGACAGGCCAUCAGGGAAAGCCGGUUCAGCCCAUCCCCAAGGGGAAAACGGCAGGGCUGGGCCCAGCCUUGACACAAGCAGCCAGCCCUUGCCCAACCACUCUCUCUCUCUCCAUAAGGCUCCGGAGAAAAGAAAGCAGAAAAAGAUUAAUAUAGACGAAGCUGAAGAGUUCUUCGACCUCAUAUCCAAAGCUCAGAGCAACCGAGCAGACGACCAGCGAGGCCUGCUAAACAAAAACGACCUGCAGCUCCCAGACUUUCUGCGCCUGUCACCAGUGGCAACAAACCAGACUCCACCUGCUCCCCACAACCCUGAACCAAGUUGCUCCACCCCUAAUUCUCAUCACCCCAACAACGGCAGCUUCCCUCGGAGCGGUCACCGGGGCAAUAAGGCAAACGGCGGCGACAGGGGAGGAGGAGUAGGCGGCACCCACUUGCUUAAUGCAAGCCAUCAGUCCCAGAGCUUGGACUCUGGAAUGGGCACUGAGAGUGGAAGAGGGGAGAGAAGCAGACCACCUCCUCCAUUUCCUGGCACAGUCUCCCCCAUUCACCCAAGUCAGGGAGCCCAGCGAGGUCUCCUCCAGGACUCUGGCAGGGGAGAAUCAGUCCAGAUGCUGGAGGAGGACACUCUUUCCGAUCUGACUCUAGUGGGUGAGGGGGACAUUAACAGCCCCAGCCUCAACUACGUCACUCCCUCUUCCCUUCCCUGCAAACCCCACCCCCGUCCCAAAUCACAAGCACAGGAUGGUCGGCCUAGCUCAGGUACACCCCCAGUGUGAACUCUUUAAACUUUAAAGUUUCACCUCCUUUUUUUUUUCACCUGACUGUAAGCGGGACUGGAGUCCUGCCUGAGUCAGUAUGAACUUGACCGCUGUUUGUCUGUUGUUGAACAGUCCAAAAUGCAUCUAGAGCUCCUCCUCCCAUUUAACCAAAUAAUCCAGUGACUUUCAGUUAUAAAGAUCACUUUCUACAGUUUAUUACACAUCACAGCAUUUUCGCUCAGAUUUGUGUAAAAAUGCACACAACUAAUUACAAAAUAUAGCAUAGAUCAACAAUUAGUUCAUUUAGUCAAAGUAAAUACGUUGACUUGAUUAAGUGCUAUGUGUGCUACAUCCCUACUUUGCGUCCAGCAAUUCACUGUAAGUCAACAACAGAUCUAAGAUAAAAUAUGUCAGACACACAAAGUGAGGAAGAACGGAUGCAUUAAGCUUGAACAGAACUUGUCCCUGGAACUUUGUCUGCAUGGUGUGCAUCUGUGUGAACUUUUGAGCAGACUUGCUGUGGAUUUCUUUCUGGAGACGAAAACUUGAGGGCAGGUUGAGGAUGAAAUGGUUAUAACCGGUGCCAGACUUCAUCCUCUAGCCCCUCAAUGUACAGAUUCUAACAAUGCACUUUAGCCAAUUAUAAACAAGACUCGCCACAUUUUUUAAAAUAAUUUUACUCUCACUUCUUCUCUUUAACUUUUCAAGCAGUCACUGUGACUGCCAUCUUUCCAGAAAACCGUUCAUAUCUCUUAAGAGUCAGUAGGUGUUCCACAUUCAGAUCCAGCUGCAGCACAUUUCAGAUUUACAAGUGAGCCAUGUGAUAUUUGAACUUAUUACAAGCUUUUGAGCAUGCAGCAGGCCUGAUCUCAUUAUGGGUAGAGUAUGCAGAAGUAACAUUUACUCAGACUCUCUUUAAAGCACAGCAACUUCUGGGUUUUUACACCUAUUCUCUCACCUCAGGCAUUUCUCACAGAAUAUAAAAACAGGACGUGAGUGCUCGUGCAUCCAGUCUUGCAUUCUGACCAAAUGAUCCAGAAGCUUCUGUGGUAGAACAAUUCACUCUUCUUCUUCGUCAUUUCAUGUUCAGUCAACAGAUCGUUAAGCUGUCGCUUCUGUGCAGAGGCUGUGGUAGAAAGUAGAAUUGUACAAAUGAGUCAAAACCGUAAGAACUGCCGAAGGUUUUAAUAUGGCUUCUGUAUCAUCGAGAGUAUAUCACUUCAUCUCUCCUCCUCUUCAAAAUUACCUUCUAUCAGUUAAAAGUAUUAAUUUGUAUAUAGUCUACUUUGUGAAGCCACCAUAUUGCUGUAGUCAUUGUUGAAUUGCAAUACUGUUUCUUCAGUUGUGUCACAAUAGGAAUCAAUUCUCCUCUGUUCUGUUCAGCAAACUGUACUGUCUGUAAAUAGAUCAAAUAAAUGUUUUAGAGGUUAAACUCUGUGUUGAACUC